GCUUCGUAGUGGAUGAAGCCGCCUGUUAGUGCUGUUUUCGGGCAUGUGGCUUUGAGGCUCUCCUCUGACCCUGACUCGUCGAUGAAAAAAAAGCAAGGAAAAAGGGGGGCUGGGUGAUGCGCCACGGAGGAAAAGAAGCGGCUUUCAUUUGAAAAUGCUGAUGUAGCUAAACAUGGAGAGUCACCGCCUUUACGGACUAAGUGUGGUCGCUUAUUGACUUUGUGCAAGUAAAAGACUGGGCUGCUGCUUUGGAGCCUUUUUUUUUUAGACGUUGAUACUCCCCAUCUGCAAUGAUGCGGGCUGUGGAAAUGACGAGGACCGCCGUGCUUCUAGUCGUGCUUAUUGGACUUCUCGUUCCAGAAGGAGCCAGCAAAACACCGGGAGAACAUAUAGCCACAGAAGAAGUGACCCUGAAGAUCCACCUGAGCGACGCCAGCACUCACCAGCCUAUGGGGGGAGCAUCCAUAAAGCUCUUUGCAAACCACACCUUGGUAACCACAGAAACCUCACUGGCUGACGGCAGCGCCUACCUACACUUCCCAUACCGCCUGGGGACCCUGUUGGUUGUUACUGCAACCAAACACGGUUACGUGCCAAACUCUGUGCCCUGGCGACCCUCCAGAUUACCUGUCUUUUCCUCCAUUAGCCUGAGUCUCCUACCUGAGAGAUCCGCCACACUGACGGUGUACGAAGAUGUUGUGGAGAUUGUUUCCGAUUUCCAAGGUUUUAGGCACCAGCCCAGUGUUCAUUUCCAGCGCCGAGCCUUGAGUCUUCCUUCUAACACAUCCUACGCCAACCUGACUGCUCUGCUCAGUGUGGUCGACUCGCCCUCGCUCAUCCAGCACUUUCCCUACCUGCAGGUCCCUGGCGGCAAUGGCACAGGGUCCGAGAAGCCGUCUGCGUUGACUCCUGUGGCGGCUGUCUCUGUCCACCUACUGGCCAGCGACGGAGCGGAGCUGCGGGUGAACGAACCAAUCACUGUCUCCAUCCCACUGCCUGCGGACAGCGGCCUGAAGGAAAAUGAUCACAUCCCUGCAUGGAGAUUUGAUCCGCGGUUUGGUGGCUGGAUAAAGAGCAGUUGGGGUCACGUGCGAAGGGUCGACAAUCAACUCAUCCUGACCUACAUUGCUCCACAGCUGGGAUACUGGAUGGCCGCCAUGUACCCACCUCACUCAGGUCCACUGGUUGAUAAAGACAUCAGCAUGUACCACACGAUGUUUCUACUGGCCAUUCUUGGAGGCAUGGCCCUCAUUCUGCUGUGUCUGCUGUGCGUCCUUCUGUACUACUGCAGGCGUCGUUGUUUGAAGCCCAGGGGCUCGCACCGCAAGCUCAUACUAGCCUCUGGUCUGGACAGCAGCAAGAGAGACCAAGCCACCUCCAUGUCCCACCUCAACCUCAUCAACAAUGAGGUGCAUCUAGAACUCGUUUCCACGGGGACAGAGCCUGACAUGACCACGCCGAUGCUGAAGGCUUCCUCCUAUGAGCGUAGAGACAAUCCACAUCCACAUAGCCUGAUCCAGCACAGCAAACACAGCCGCUCUUCCCUGGGCAACAGCCACCAUGGCUCCUCUCUGGGCAAUCUGACGCCUCGCAGCAGAGACUACAGGCAGUCCGUGGAGACGGUCCAGCUGAAGUCUGCCCUUUCUUGCGGAACGGACCGAGGCUACCGUCAGUCGUACACAUCUGUCUGCUCUUCCAGUAACCACAUAUCCGAUGGAUUAUCAACAGCAAACCACGCCCUGUUGUCUGAACACGAGCUGAGCGGUGUUGUUUCUCCUUCCUCUCCCCCUCACUCGCCCAGCAGAGGAGAGGGUGGUGAGUGCAGAGCUCCUGACUACCUCCUCUCCCGCUCUGUGGACCACCUAGAGCGCCCCCCUUCGCUCUCCCGACCAGGCCAGCUGCUCUGCUGUGCCUCAGUAGACCUGCUGAGCAGUGGUGAAACCUACCCAAGGGUGCGCCCCACCCUGGUCAUCCCCGCUCAUUACAUGCGCCUGCCUGGGGAGCACCCUCUGUCAGGACAGGCCCUCCUGCUGCAAACUGACCAGCAGAGUGACCUGGAAACCAUCCAGGCUGAGCUUAAUGCCUCGCAGCCCGCGCAGCCCCUGAGACAAACCCCGAAAGACUGCACCCCAGGUCCUUCUGAGCAGGGUGACGGAGAGAAGCUGGUAGAAGCUUUGUCCAUCCCGGCAGCGCUUGGAGAAACUGCUCUGGUGGAAAUAAACAGCGAGGACACUCUCUUGGCUGAAAAGACUUUAAUGGCGCUCCGAGGCGGGAAGCCUUUGCCUCACCCGCGAGCCUGGUUUGUAUCGUUAGACGGCCGCUCCAACGCUCACAUACGCCACUCCUACAUCGACCUUCAGCGGGCGGGUUGCCACAGCAACACGGCAAGUACCGGCGGUCAGCAGGGGAGUGGGCGGAGGCACGGCAGCAGCAACGACGCCAGUCUGGACUCCGGUGUGGACCUGAAUGAGCCACGGGCGGGUCGCAGGGGCAGAGACGUCGAGCAGGAGGAGAGAAGAGUUGAAAAUGAGGGGUCAAAGGGUACAGCGCCAACAACAGCCUUCACGCAGCUGGUGUAUGUGGAUGAUCUGGACGGGGGGGGGAGCAAGGAGACCCUCAAGUACGACUCCCAGGACAGCAAAUUGGGGUCGGUCCAGUCUGUCACAAGAGAAACUGAAGCUGCACAAAUACACAAGGAACCUCCUUCACUAUCUUCAUCAUCACCUGCAUCUUCUCCUCGUCCUCUGUCUCCUCACGACAACGUGACUCUCAGGAACACACUGCUGUCCGUCUCCCCCAAUGACGACGCUGCACCCGAGGACGGGGAGGAGGAGAAGAAGAGCCCCUGGCAGAGGAGGGAGGAGCGACCCCUGCUGGCCUUCAACCUCAAAUGAAUCCUCAGGUGAGCACAGGAUAUGACCAUUCUUUCUUUCUACAUAGCACUGACGUCAGCACUGGGUCUACAAAUCAAGGGACCACUCAUAUAUUUUACAAACUUUAGGGUCCAUUUUUUCGAAAGGACCACUAACGUGUUUCCUGGAGGACGUUUUUUUAAUAUGCAAAACAAAGAUAUGCCUUUUUAGGAGCUGUCGUCCACGCAACGGAUGGGCGAUUCUCACAAAGGAUGGACAACAGGAAUCUUUUUCCUUAAGCCAUAUUGGCCUCAGACCACUGACAGGAAACAGUGAACUUUAAACCAUUUUUGCCUGACAGUGUCUUCUUAUGAUUCCAGCCCACUCCCACUCAACAAGUCGCCCUUAGCACAUAUACAUCACGUACUUUGGGAGGGUUUCUUACAAGACUUUAAAUUAGCCCACCAGUUCACCAACUUUACAUACAGUAUGUGGCUUGGACUCGCAGGUCAAAUAAAAAAAUGUAAUCCCAGGAAAUCUUUGAUGAAUACAUUUAGUAUAUGUACAGUUAUUCUUUCAUACAUGUAUGUUUCUAGUAUCAUUUUGUUUGCAUAAAAUUUAAAAAUCACUGGGUAUGAUUCGAUGGAGCCCGAUGUAUCACCAGUGGUCCUUGCAACACAGUUUGAGAAUCAAUGGAGCCUGUCAGGUCUGAAGGGUGUUUUUUUUUUUUGUUUUUUUUUUGAGGAAAACACAAAAACCAUUAUAUCUGCACGGCAAUGUGUAAUGGGAUAAUGUGACUCAGCUGCAAGGCAAGGAUGGAAUACCACUAUUAAGUCCCAAGUGAUACUAUGAAGUCUAAUACUAUGACUGUUUUUUGUUUGUUGAAGGAGUUGAAUCACUGAUGGUUUGUUUUCUGUAAAGGCUAUGCAUCACUUUUUAUACACCUGCUUGAGAUGCCUUUUUGUGUCAUUUUUACUGAUUUUAAUUGCCAGCGUGAAGUAUUUUAACCCGAUGAGGCUCUCCAAAUAUAUGUUAAGGGCUUUUCUUCAUCACUUGCCUUUUCUUAUGUACUUUUUUUAAACCUGAAACCAAACUGUUUUGCUUGCAGUAUUCCCCCAUGUCCCUAAGUGCCUUUUCUUAAGAUGCAGAUUUCCAGAUUUGA